AUGUCGUUGCUGAUCAAAUUCGAAUCGAAAUCGGCGAGAGUUAAAGGUAUUUCUUUCCACCCGACGAGACCAUGGGUUCUUGCGUCACUUCACAGUGGUGUCAUUCAACUGUGGGACUAUCGAAUGUGUGUUCUUCUCGAUAAAUUCGAUGAGCAUGAUGGUCCUGUUAGAGGGAUCUGUUUUCAUCAAGACCAACCAAUUUUUGUUUCCGGAGGAGAUGACUACAAAAUAAAGGUCUGGAAUUACAAACAGCGUCGUUGCAUAUUCACCCUUCUUGGCCACCUUGAUUAUAUUCGCUCUACUUUCUUCCAUCACAAAUAUCCUUGGAUUAUUUCAUCCUCGGAUGAUCAAACAGUCCGCAUAUGGAAUUGGCAAUCGCGAAAUUCAAUUGCGAUUCUUACAGGGCAUAAUCACUAUGUGAUGUGUGCACAGUUCCAUCCUUCUGAUGAUCUUGUCGCAUCUGCUUCUCUGGAUCAAACCGUUCGCAUAUGGGACAUUUCUGGUCUAAGAAAGAAACAAAUGCCCGGUGGAGGAGGCGCUCCGCCUAGGUCGGGAACUGGUCCACAGUCGCAAGCCGAUCUUUUUGGCCAACCUGAUGUAGUUGUCAAGCAUGUUUUGGAAGGUCACGAUCGAGGAGUAAACUGGGUGGCGUUCCACCACACCAUGCCUAUUCUUGUGUCGGGAUCUGAUGAUCGACAAGUAAAGAUGUGGAGGUAUAAUGAGUCUAAGGCAUGGGAGGUUGACAGUUGCCGCGGUCACUACAACAACGUUUCAUCUGUUCUUUUCCAUCCCAACGCUGAACUCAUUCUUUCCAAUUCUGAGGAUAAGUCAAUUCGCGUUUGGGAUAUGCAAAAGAGAACUAGUCUCCAUGUAUUCCGGCAUGAGAAUGAGCGAUUCUGGGUGCUCUCAGCUCAUCCGAACCUUAACAUGUUUGCAGCCGGUCAUGAUAAUGGGAUGAUUGUCUUCAAAAUCCAACGAGAACGCCCAGCAUAUUGUAUCAAUGAAAAUCUUGCAUUCUAUGUCAAGGAUAAGCAACUUCGGCGCCUUGACCUCACGACCAACAAGGAUCAAGCAAUGUGCAAACUGCGUGCGGCUGCUGCCUUCAUGCAACCUUACUAUGCGCUUUCGUACAAUCCUGCCGAGAAUGCAUUCCUUCUUACGAGCCGAUCACACAACAAGGAGCAGUGUUUCUACGACAUUUACAGAGUCCCCAAGGAUGCAGAUGGUAACACGGAAGCGCCAGUAAAUCGCUCGCCUGGAAUUGCUGCUGUUUGGGUCGCGCGUAACCGAUAUGCAGUGCUUGAUAAGAACCAACAGAUUUCUCUUCGCGAUCUUUCCAAUAAAGAAGUGCGCAAAGUGGAAAUGAACAUCCCCAUUGAUGAUCUCUUCUACGCGGGAACUGGAGUUCUUCUGCUUAGGAAUGAUGAGGGUUUGCAAUUGUUUGAUGUACAGCAGAAGAGAGUUAUGGCACAUGUGAAGGCUAGCAAGGUCAGGUACGUCAUCUGGUCGAAAAACAUGGAAUACGCCGCUCUGCUUUCUAAACACACUCUGACACUGAUCAACCGCAAGCUGGAGGUCUUAUGUACCCAACAAGAGUCUACUCGCGUAAAGAGCGGUGCAUGGGAUGAAGAUGGCAUCUUCCUUUACACGACCAGUAAUCAUAUCAAAUACGCACUUACUGCUGGAGACUGUGGGAUUGUUCGCACAUUGGACCUCCCUCUAUAUAUCCUUGCCGUACGUGGUACUGUCUUAUAUUGUUUAAAUAGGGAGGCGACACCUGUGGAAGUUCCUAUCGAUCCCACUGAAUAUCGCUUCAAACUUGCGCUCAUCAAUAGACGUAUUGAUGAGGUUCUGAAUAUGGUGAAGAACUCGACACUAGUUGGCCAGUCGAUCAUCAGCUAUCUGGAAAAGAAAGGCUAUCCAGAAAUUGCUCUGCAUUUUGUAAAAGACGAGCGUACUCGAUUCGGGCUCGCGUUAGAAUGUGGAAACCUUGACGUUGCUUUGGAAGCUGCAAAGAUUUGCGAUGAUAAAGCAAUCUGGGAGGCACUUGGUGAGGCUGCCCUCAUCCAAGGAAACCAUCAAGUUGUUGAAAUGGCAUAUCAACGCACAAAGAACUUUGAAAAACUAUCCUUCCUCUAUUUGGUUACUGGUAAUACGGAAAAACUUUCUAAAAUGAUGAAGAUUGCGCAGAUGAGAAAUGACGCUCAUGGUCAUUAUCAGACUGCACUUUACCUUGGAGACAUCGAAGAGAGGAUUAAAGUGCUCAAGGGAGUUGGUCAAACUUCACUGGCUUACCUGACCGCGGCCACUCAUGGAUAUGAAGAAGAAGCAGACAUGCUCAAAUCCGAACUUGAGUCAAAGGGGCAACCUAUUCCGCCUAUUGAUCCCAAUGCCAAACUUCUAGUUCCACCACCUCCAAUUUGCAAGCUGGAAGAAAAUUGGCCACUGCUGUCAACUGCUCGUGGUCCCUUCGAAUUUCUUGGACUUGUUCCACCCAGCAAAGCGCCUGGAGCAGGAGUUUCGCAGAAGCCUGCUGCAGCUGCAUUUGCUGUCGCGGACGACGCUGACAUGGAUGAAGGAGGUGCUUGGGGAGAAGAAGGAGAUUAUCUCGUUGGUGAAGAUGGGCAAAUUGAGGUCGACGAUGACGACGUUCUUGCUGGCACAGCUGAUGAUGGAGAAGAAGGUUGGGAUGUCGAAGACGAUUUGGCAAUUCCUGACGUUCCAACUUCCAUAGGAAACGAAGAUGUGGUUGUACCUAAUCGUGGACAGCCACCAACGACUCACUGGCCUGCGAACAGCCGUCUUGUCGCUGAUCAUGUGGCCGCUGGUUCAUUUGAAUCUGCCCUUCGUCUUCUUCACGAUCAACUUGGUGUUGUGAGCAGGGAACCAUUCAAGGAGAUUUUCAUGUCAACUUAUGCGAGCUCGCGGGUAUCCUUCAGUGCGCUCCCUAACACCAAAGUUUUAUUCGGUUAUCCACUGCGAAACUGGCAAGAGGCGUCUGGAAAAAGUGGUUUGCCUGCCGUCGCUGUCACUUUGGCGGACUUGGCUUCAAAGUUGCAAGGGUGCUACCAUUUGACAACAGCUGGAAAGUUCGCUGAUGCCAUUGAAAAGCUCCGCAAAAUUCUCCUCUCUGUCCCGAUGUUGGUUGUCAACUCCAAACAAGAAGUUGCAGAAGCAGAGCAGUUGGUGGAAAUAUGCAGAAACUACCUAGUUGGCCUACUCAUGGAAUGUGCAAGAAAGGAAAUCCCAAAAACUUCUCCUGCCGAGCUGAAAAGGAAUGCCGAAAUGCUUGCGUAUUUCACGCAUUCUGAGCUGCAACCGAUCCAUCGAAUUCUCACGCUAAGGACAGCUAUAAAUGCUUUCUUCAAACUGAAACAAAUGCGAACUUGUGCUUCUAUGUGCAAGCGUCUUCUCGAACUCGGCCCUAAACCGGAUGUUGCUGCGCAGAUUAGGAAGGUGUUAGCUGCAGCUGAACAAGACAAUAAAGAUCCUAACCAGCUUGCAUACGAUGAACACAAUCCGUUCGUUGUAUGUUCCCGUAAUUUUGUGCCAUUGUAUCGUGGAAAACCUCAGUGUAGAUGUCCGUUCUGCGGAGCUUCGUUUUCUGUUGGUCUCGAAGGAACAGUAUGCGAUGUAUGUCAAGUUGCGGAAAUUGGCAAGGAUGUAAUCGGACUUCGAAUUUCAACACUUCAGAAAUAA